UCACAAGCUGUCACUUGUCAUUUUAAAUAUUGGUGUAAUUUGUUUUUAAAUAAAUAUUAUGAGAUUAAGUUAAUAAAUUUAAGGAUAAUUAUAAUUAAAUUAGAUUGCUUAGAAACUAUUUGGGUUAUGCAAAUUUAAAUAAUGGAUUUUAAAAACCUUAAUUUUUUAGUUCUAUUGUCAAUUGGAAUCAACGUGGUUACAUGUGAAAGGCUUCACGAACAAAUUUACUCAUCGAUCGAAGGUGGAGCUGGUUGUUUUAGAAGGCUAAAUGGGACUCACCAAGCAGGAUGUUCAUCUUCACUCAGUGGUGCUGUUGGAGUCGUACAGAUGAUUCAAAAUGUAACCGAUGCAGAAUGGCUAAUACAUAAUUCUUCAGCUGGACCAUACAUGGCAGUUGUUAGCACAAGUUUGUUCUAUGACGUGAUAGAGCUAUUCAUGCAGCAACCAGAUAAUGUCGCUGGAGUCUUGUUAUUUGACAAUAUAACCAUGAGACCUGAUGCUUUUAGUCAAGAAUCUCGCUGUCCAAAUCAAUACUCGUCAUGGUCUAAAAGCCAGUGUCCCUCGACUCAAGCAUCAAGUGGAUCUAAACUGUUUUGGAAUGAAAAAGGCACAGAUCUAUUAAGAAGACAUAUACCAUUCCCUAUUUUUUUCUUACCUCAAACUCGAAUUACAGAAAUAUCUAAAAUUGAACAAUGUUUUAAUAAAUUUAAUAUUGAUAAAGACAACCAAAAAGGUCAAGCUCUGUGUUCAUUGCAAUUAAAUUCAUUCAUGUAUGCAGCAGUCAACAGCGUAGUUUGUUUGAGAAGGUCUGCAUCGUCCGCUAUUCUAACACCAACUAAAGUAUGUGACCCACUUGGUGAUUUCAAUGUCUACUAUUCUCUCUUCCCUCGUGCAAAGGAAUCUGAAAUCAAAAAGAAACCUGUCACUUUGGUUACAGCACGAUUAGACUCAGCAUCUCUGUUUGAUGGGGUUGCUCCUGGUGCAGCUAGUUCAGUAGUGGGGAUGGUGGCUCAUAUCGUCGCUGCGGCGACUUUAGCGCAGAUUAUUCCUAUAACUGAUGCCAGUUUAUACGAUGAAAAUGUUUUGUGGACUUUGUUUAAUGGUGAAUCCUUUGAUUAUAUUGGAUCUCAGCGGAUCGCAUACGAUAUAGCUCAUGGGGCCUGGCCACCGAUCUCUCCCCUCUCUCCAAAAGAUAUCAGCUUGCAUAUCGAACUUGGACAAAUAGGGGGAUCUCUGAACGUAUUUAAAGAAAACUCGUCUUGGCCGUUAUAUGCUUUUGCUCCUUAUGGUUCAGUUUUACCAGAACAGAUAACUGCAUUCUUAGUCGAAAUGGUAAAUAACUUGAAUCCAAAUAAUAUGACGUUGGCUCCAAUAUUCACAUCGAAUUUACCGCCGUCCUCUUUACACUCAUUUCGAAGGAUACUUGGUAACAUAACGGAUAAUUAUAUGCCUGAAUUAUUGAUUGUUGAUCAUAACGAGACCUUCUCUAACAAGUUCUACCAGUCUGCGUUGGAUGAUUACGAGAAUGUUGGAUUCGUGUACCACAAUAUAAGUAUAAGCGGUGAUGGUAAAUUUCUAUCGACGGAUGAGUUACUGGCGAAUGGGACAAUGAAAGAGAGUGAUGCGCAAGUCAAGAUAGCUAGGAUCGCGACCGCACUUGCACGCACUCUUUACCAAAAAGUCGCUGGGAAACCGUACACCGGUGUCGUAUCAGCUUCGGCCCACCUAGUUGACGAAAUGCUGUACUGCUUCCUCCGGAGCCAAGCGUGCCGACUGCUGGCGGCGGCGGACUACGCCAGCAGCGCCGACGAGUCGCCGGCGGAGCGCCCCGCGCCGCUGUACGUGGGCGUGGCGGCGUGGUCCAGCACGCCCGCCGUGUACGCCGGACACCUGCUGGCGCUGCUCACGGGCACGCACCGGAGCGUCAACAGGACCACUUGUGACAAAUUUGAUGAACCCGGCUUCUCAUACUACUGGCUGAAAGGAUGGAAUCACAGUGGUAUUUGCAUCCAGACUACGAUGAAUUUCAGUCAAGCCGUCAGUCCGGCUUUUGUUAAAUCAGACUACGAUAUGACGUCGGGCGAGUUUUCGACAUGGACGGAGUCGGUGUGGCAGGCGAUGUGGAUGCGCGUGUUCGUUCGCGCGGGCGGCGGGGGCGCCAUCACCGCGGCCGUCGCCGGCGUGCUCGCCACCGCCGCAGCCGCGCUCGUCACCCACUGGCUGCAGCGACACGCCGCGCUCGUGUUCCUCGAUCCGCCCGCCUCCCUGCACAGCGACGCGUCGGGGAUAAUAAGGACUGUUAACUGCUAAGAAGUUGCAAGAAUGUGGAUGCUAGGAAUAAUAAUAUUGUAUAAUGUAGCUUAAAAUUUAGUUAGCAAAAAAUAAAGCAUUCCACAGCACUGACAAAAAUAUCAACUGAUCACAAUUACUCAAUUUACUGGUGGUAGGGCUUUGUGCAAGCUCGUCUUGGUAGGUACCACCCACUCAUCAGAUAUUCUACCGCAAAACAGCAAUACUUGAUAUUGUUGUGUUCCGGUUUGAAGGGUGAGUGAGCCAGUGUAAUUACAGGCACAAGGGACAUAAAAUCUUAGUUCCCAAGGUUGGUGGCGCAUUGGAUAUGUAAGCGAUGGUUGACAUUUCUUACAAUGCCAAUGUCUAAGAGCGUUGGUGACCACUUACCAUCAGGUGGCCCAUAUGCUCGUCCACCUUCCUAUUCUAUAAAAAAAAAAAAAAUUAAAACGAAUUUAGUAAGACUAAUUUGCACACAGUUAUUUGCGCUUAUUAUUGGCGUAUCCGAAAGAUUAAUUAUGGUUCUAUCAUUAUAACAUUGUUUUAACCCAAUUAAUUAAAAUUAAACCAUUAGUACCCAUAA